UUUCAAACCUAAGAAAGAAAGAAAAAGGGUUAGAAUGUUAGAUGCCAUAUUGUCCCAAUGUCUCUUUCACAUUUUUGGUACACCAAAGUUCAUUCUUUUCUUCUUUAUCUCUUCCUUUUCUUAUUGCCAAAGCCUUCCGCCGUCCCAAACAAUCCAACAUCAUUAUUUAUAUCACAAUCAAAAUUACACACAACUCCUAACCAAAAAUUACAACAUUAUCAUUGUUCCUUUUUCAUUUUUCCCAUUACAUUAUUCAAAUCAAAGAAUGUCCCAACAAUGGAUGAAGUUUCUAAUAUUGAUGGGUGUCCUGAUGAAAACAGAAGGCUUAUAUGUUGGAAUCACAAAACUCAGAAGUGCUGUUGCUAGAGGUGCUGUUUGUUUGGAUGGUAGUCCUCCUGCAUACCAUCUACAUAGAGGACAUGGAACUGGGAUUAAUAACUGGUUGGUUCAUAUUGAGGGAGGAGGUUGGUGCAACAAUGUCACAACUUGCCUCGAACGCAAGUACACUCAUCUAGGUUCAUCCUGGAAAAUGGACAAACAGCUUGCCUUUUCAGGGAUUUUGGGCAAUAAUCCAAUGUUCAAUCCAGAUUUCUAUAACUGGAAUAGAGUGAAAAUUCGAUACUGUGAUGGUGCUUCAUUCACAGGAAACAUGGAAGCUGUUGAUACUAUUACUAAGCUUCAUUUCCGGGGAGCUAGAAUUUGGCAUGCUGUGAUUGAGGAUUUGUUGUUGAAGGGAAUGAGGAAAGCUAAAAAUGCAAUUCUUUCUGGGUGUUCAGCUGGUGGAUUGACUUCCAUUUUACAUUGUGAUAGCUUUCGAGCUCUUCUCCCUAUCGGUACUAAGGUUAAGUGCCUCUCAGAUGCUGGCUAUUUCAUCAAUGUAAAAGAUGUAUCUGGAGCAUCACAUGUCGCUUCAUAUUUCAAUCAAAUAGUCAAAUUACAUGGUUCAGCAAGGAGUUUACCUGCAUCAUGCACCAGAAAUCUAAGACCUGAUUUGUGCUUCUUCCCACAAUACAUGGCAAAAAAAAUCAGGACACCACUCUUUAUACUGAAUGCAGCAUAUGAUUCAUGGCAGAUGAAGAACAUUCUGGCACCAGCUGCAGCCGAUCCUCGUGGCGUCUGGUCUGACUGCAAGAUUGACAUAAAGAAUUGCUCAACCAAUCAGCUUACUGUCAUGCAAGAUUUUAGGUCAGAGUUUUUAACUGCAUUGAGUAAACUGGGAAAAUCACCAUCUAGAGGAUUGUUCAUAAACUCUUGUUAUGCACAUUGCCAAACUGAAACGCAGGAAACAUGGUUUAGUCAUGACUCCCCAAGUUUACACAAAACGAGAAUAGCAAAGGCAGUUGGAGACUGGUUUUAUGACAGGAGACGGCUUCAGAUGAUAGACUGUGCAUACCCUUGUGACACAAGUUGCCAUAAUCGCAUUUUCGAGCCACAAGAACCACAUCAUCAUCACCAUCAUCAUAAAGGCGGAGGUGGAAGACGAUGGGGAAAUAUGCUGUUACAGAAACUGCUUAUUGUUCUUUGUUUAUUUGGCUAUGUAACCACUUGUUAUUAGAUGACAUUUUUUUAACUAGGUUCAAUUUUUGGAGAAAUUGAGUCAAAUCCAAUUUUGAUCGGUACUUUGGCUUGGAUUGGACUGGAUUGGAUUGUUAUUUAUCACUUUUUUAUCCAUGGCGCGAUGAAAUUCAAUUAGAUUUAUACAUUUUUCAUGUAAUCCAAAGGACCAAAUGUAUACUAUAAGUAUAUGAAUGAUAGCUUAAAUAUACUAUUA